CUGUGAUUCCUAGAUCCUUGUAUUUAUAUAUAAAAUUUUUAAUCUUAUUCGUCUAAAGUCUUACGUCCGUCAUAAUAGUUAAAUUAUAAAUGAUAGAAUGUCUUAAAUCGACUUGAGAGUUUGCGACAUGUGUUUGGAAUGUAGUCUUAGCAAUAUACGUUUUCAUGUGAAACUUACAUAUUGCUGUCACGGACUAUAAAAGAAAGAAAAUCAUCAUGUCAAGACAUUCCUUUAGACAUUUCUGUGUACCUCCAAGUGUAGGGGACGAAUGAAGAUGAUGAUAUUUUAUUAGUGACAAAAUACAGGUAGGCCUAACGGUGUCGCGUCGCCGAGCCGUAAUCAAUAGUUAGCUGUUACGUCUCGCGCCGACGAGAUGGACCCUUCCAUAUUUCUUCACUACACGGCGCCCAACGGGCUGCCUCAAGAGUCGAAGCUGGCGACAUAUAUGAAACAUACUCCCACUUCCACAUCUAUGAGGCCUUUGACUCAGGCACUCAGUAGGAUUUCCUUAGAGGAUCCCAAUGCCAAUAGCAGGGUCCAGGUGCCAGUGCAGAUCAAUGAGUAUGUCUUUCUCAAUCCUGUGACUGCAGAGACUUCAGAUAAUGCUUCUCCUUCUAGACCAGCCCCUACAACACCACAUCCACAAGUGCAUCAGGAAAAUGUGGGUGGAACUACUUACUUUGUCUACUCUACUGGCUCUGAAGGAUUAAACUCGAGUCACAAUACAUCAGGAGGCUUAGGUGCAGAUGCGAACUUACUUGGUCCCAGCACCAGCGCUGCAGUGCCAAAUCCCUAUGCUUCCGCUAUGUACAGAACUCCACCACCCAUGGGUUUGACUGAUAAAUCAGGUCAAGAUAAGUCAUGUUAUGUGUAUCAGCGAAAUGAAGGUGUCUUCAUGCAACCAGACAUGAUGCAAUUUCCGGAGAACGUGGAAAUGUACUCGGAGCUGAUGCCGCUAGAAGGCUCAGCGCCACACUCUAUGGCGACUUCAUUCCGUGUUACGCACCGUCAAAGCUGCGACUAUUACGCCCUGCGGCGUCUUCACGCGUUCUCUAACGUGUCCCCCACGACUCGACGCCUCGAAACCUGGAAGCACAUUGACCACCCGAACGUCGUUCGUUUGCAUGAUUAUUUCACUACCACUGCAUUCGGGGACCACUCUAUGAUCCUUGUGUACGAUUAUCACGCGACAGCCGUGACAUUAAUGAACAAGUAUUUAUCGGGCGCGGGAAGUGCGGUAGCUGACGGCAAUAGCGCCUACCAUGAUCCAUUCUCCUCAGAUCCUGACGCGCCUCGGCCUUACACUCAUCAGAAAAAUGCAAUGCUCCGCGCCGUUGCGAGUGGCGCUCUACUGCCCGAGCAUGUGUUGUGGAGUCUACUGGUGCAACUGACAGCCGCUCUGCGCGUCAUCCACGCGGCCGGCCUUGCUUGCAGAACCUUGGACCCCACCAAGGUGUUGAUAAGUGGAUGUCGUAUACGCAUUGCGUGGUGCGGUGUGGCGGAUGCGCUUCACUCCAAUCUCAGCGACGUCGGUCAGGCCCAGCAAGAUGACCUGACUUCCCUGGGUCGCCUGACCUUGGCCCUGGCUUGCCGCACGAUCCACUGCGACAACUUACCCGCAUCUAUUGAACUUGUUGCCAGGACCUAUUCUGCUGAUUUGAAAAAUCUUAUUUUGUAUUUAUUGUCGUCAACUUCUGCUCGUCGCUCUGUCACCGAUCUAAUGCCAAUGAUCGGGGCCCGAUUUUAUAAUCAGGUGGAAUCACUGGAGCGACGUACAGAUGAGCUUGAACAAGAUCUCGUUCGUCAAUACGACAACGGUCGUCUCUUGCGUAUAUUGAUCAGGUUGGGCGUCGUCAAUGAACGUCCGGAAUUAAACUUGGACGCUGCCUGGUCUGAGACUGGCGACCGUUAUAUGCUGAAGUUGUUCCGGGAUUAUUUGUUCCACGCCGUCACACCAGACGGACGGCCAUGGUUGGACCAAGCCCACUUGGUACAUUGUCUCAACCAACUUGAUAGCGGCUCCAACGCCAAGGUGGAACUGAUGUCCCGCGACGGCCAGAGUAUUUUGGUGGUCUCGUACGCAGAACUGAAGCACUGCCUCGAACAAGCUUUUGACGAGGUGAUGCUAGCGUCUACGCCCACUACCUAGCAAUUAACGCCGACCACUGCCCCACAUAUCGCAGAGCGGCUGGUCACCAAUACACCCUUUAUGCCAUUCUACAAUGUACAACCGAAUGAUGUAUCAAUGCCUGUAUUACUACCUUAUUAUAUGAUGUAUCCACAAUAAACUUGCUUAAACGUUACUGUCAUCCAAUAUGCCAUUUUUAAAUGUUGCAAUGGCUUAAUUACUGAUAGCGUAUGUGGUGUUUUCAAAAUUAUAUUUGUAACUCUAAAUGGCAUAUUAUUUAUUUUUAAAUAGCCGAUGAUAGCCGAUAAUAAGUCCCAAUUCAACACACAAAGUACAUACAUACUUUUCACAAUACGUAUUCAUUUUUUGAAUGCUAAAAGCGAGUUAGCACAUUUUUUUAUUAUUGUAUUUUUUAUAAAUCGAUACGUUCAAACAACCAAUAAGAUUUCGUUAUAUCUCUAAUCUGAGAGGCAUGUCAUAUAAUGCAAUCAUCUUGUUGUUUAGAUACAUAUUGAUGAGAUUUAAUUUUGAGCUUUGAUUUAGGCCGUUAUUUUGAAUGCUGAGCGUAUUGCGAAUUGUACUUUACUAUGUUUUGAAUUCGGACCGUACCGUGUUAUAAUUACGGAAGCGAAGUUUUUAACUUACGACUUCAAUGUGCCCUGCUGUUACAAUGUAAUAAAAUUGAAUUCUGUAUGGAUCAUUUUUAGGUCUAGGGUUUUACAUCAUUAUACCAAGGUAUAAUAUACCAAAAUCAAGACUUCAGUGCAUGGUACGUAGAAGAUGACUCGUUUCCGUAAACAUACAUAUAUUUAGACUUAAUAAUUAUUGUACACAUUGGAAUGAUUGAAACUGCUUGUUCGUGAUGUCCUGUACGACGUCACGGGGUAACCAUAACCCCCCGAAGUUGCCCUUAUCAGGAAGUGGCGGUCAGUUGGAGUCGAUUUAAAAAAAGAAAGGUUAUGUGUUUAUUAGCUUAGUCACUAUACGUAGACAUUAAAGCAAUUGCUGAUAUUAUCAUUACAUUGAAGUAUUUAUGGUGCCAAUGCUGUAACUCGUGUUAUCUCUGCGAUACAAAAACGUGUUGUUAAAUGUCAUAACAUUCAAUACCUCUGCGAAAAGUAGUAUAACAUAUAUAUAAUCGAUGUGCAGUAGAUACAUUACUCGUGAUUUUCAUUGAUGUCUUAAAAUUAAUGUACAUUAUCAUAAUUUGUGUAUUUCAUGCAACGUCUAUAAGUCGGACUUAUCGCCACUGAGCGAUAUCAGUUUUACUGGAAAUGCGUUGAUUAUUGGAUAUUGCAGAAUGCAAUAGCGAGCAAUGUACUUUUCUUUCCAGUAAACGCUAUGUCUAAUGACAUUUCUGUGUAAGGGAUGGAGGUGGGGCAUCCAAAGCGCUUCUCAGAGCGAUUGUCAUAUGCCUUCGUUGUAACGCGAUCUCAUUUAUAGAAGUGAUGACGGUCGUGUUCGCUUUUGAUGCGAUACGUUGGUUCCAAGUUCUAAAUUCUGUGUGAACACCUAUUUUUAACUCGGCCACAUUAAACUUUUAAGUGCUCGUAUAGUUAAGUAGUAUAGCACUUUGAAGUACCGUAUUGAUCAGCUGCCUGAACAAACGCCACAUACAUUCCAAAAUAUCAAAGCGAUCAAACGGCUGCUAAUGAGCAAUGAGCAGGUUACUGGGUCUCUUUCACGAAUAAAUUUUGAUGAAUGACAAAAAACCGAAGUCAAAAACAUAGAUAUAAGUAGUAAUAUUGAGGAUUUUUGAUUAUAAUUACAAUACAUUUAUAAUUAAUUGCAUGACCUCACUUAAUGCAGUUGUAGUUCAGUGUAGUGAGUGUUCCGAUUUCAUAUGUAUACGUGUCUAUAUAUCUAUGUCUGGCUUUCUCAUCUGUUAAAUAAUAUGAAAAGGGAGGUUUUCGUUAGUUCAUGGGAUUAAGACAAACUACGCUUUUACGAUUCUCCAUGAUGUUUCUAUAAGCAACUCGACUGACUCGAUUUCCUUCCUGUUUUCUUGUCCUUAAUUUUGAGAGCUAGAGCGGUUUGCUGUGGUUUAAAAUAUCUGAAACUUGCGUAAAAGUAAACUUGGUACAUACAUUGAAGAAAAACGUUAAAAACUAAAUUUUCUGAAUUAAUUUCAUUCUGGGUGUACUGUGUAGAAAGCCUUCAGAAUUAAUUUCAUUACAUCAUCGGUAUUUUGGGGACAAUCGAUGAGACCAUUUUUAAUGUGUUUGAGCAAAUGUGUACGUGUAAUAUUCGUGCCAAUGAGCGCACAUGAUGCGACCCCCGCAAACUUGCCGACGUGCAUGCAGCUAUUGUUUUGACACGUAGAUCUAAAUUUGUAUUAUUUGUAGAUCAAAAGAUGACGACUUGCGACUAGACCCACCUGAAUCGCGGGGAUCUUUUCAAUAUGC